AUGUCGCGACUCAUCGUGCGGGGCUUGCCCUCGUACCUCACCGAUGCAAGGCUACGAGAGCACUUUUCCCAAAAGGGCGCUGUCACCGAUGUUAAGCUCAUGCGUAGGCCAGAUGGCACUUCGAGAAAGUUCGGGUUCGUCGGCUACCGAUCGGAACAAGAAGCGCAGCAAGCACUCGACUACUUUAACCGCACCUUCAUCGACACCUCGCGUAUCUCGAUCGAGCUAGCCAAGAAAAUUGGUGACGAGGAGCUUGUUCACCAACGCGAAGAGCGUCGUAACAGGCGCAAUGCUGGCGCAGGCCCCGAAGGCUCCGCUUCUACAAGCGAUGCUCGCAAAAGAAAAGCCGACAAGUCCGACACUCAGCAAGAGGAGGGUAGUGGCAAGAAGAAGCCCAAGAAGGGUGGAGCCAUCUCGUUUGAAGAAUUCAUGUCCGUGAUGCAGCCCAAAGCAAAACGCAAAGCAUGGCAGAACGAAGAUGCGCUGCCCGAGCAAACGAUGCAAGACAUUGUCGCGCCAGAAGAAGCUAUCCAGAAAAAGGCUGCUAGGAAGGCGUUAAAGAAAGCUGACGCUGCAGCUGCUGCAACAGCGACAGCAGAGUCCACAGCAGCGCAGCCCGAUUCUGGGCGCGAAGAAACACCAGAGCCAGACGCAGCGGCAAACGAUGUUGGCCUCACCGACGAAGAGUACAUGCGCCUUCGCAUGAAGCACAGGGUCGGCACCGACCUCGACACCCUCGAACAGUCUUCCUCCGGUCCUGAGUUCGAGCAGUCGGAUAACGAGAAAGACGACGACGAUGCGGCGGCCGACUCGGAUCCUGAGUCGGAAGACGAACCGAUUCACGAUCAAGGCUUCGAGUGCAAGCAGGCGGAAAUGCAAAGAAAGGCUCAGCAAGCAGCCGAAAAGGACCAGAAACUGGUCGAUCAGAUCAUGGAGAGUGGCAGGCUGUUCAUUCGAAACUUGCCUUUCGCCGCCAGCGGAGACGAGAUCCUGGCAUUCUUUGAGAGCUUUGGCACCGUUAAGCAGGUUCACAUUCCUCUCGACAAGCAGACCAAAGCCUCGAAAGGUCUCGCCUUUGUCUCGUUCUCGGACCCGGCGCAUGCAUUGGCCGCAUAUCGAGCCAAAGACGGCUCCACCUUCCAAGGUCGAUUGCUGCAUCUACUACCCGCUGUCAACAAAGACGCGUUGGCCGAGACGGGCAGCAAGAAAACAGCCACCCUCAAGCAAGCUCGAGCCGAACAGAAGAAGCAGGACGCUACCAAGGACUUCAACUGGUCGAUGCUCUACAUGUCUUCGGACGCAGUUGCAUCGUCUAUCGCCGACAGGCUGGGGGUGAACAAGUCCGACAUUCUCAAUCCGGGUGCCAAUGGUGGAGCGGACAAUGCUGCUGUUCGGCUCGCGCUCGCCGAGACGCGCAUUAUUCAAGAGACGAAAGAGUUUCUGGCGCAGCAAGGCAUCAAUGUCGAUGCGUUCCAAGGUGCAAAGGGUCCCAGGUCAGACACGACGAUCCUGGUGAAAAACAUUCCUUACGGCACGUCGGCCGAAGAAGUGGAAAAGCUGUUUGGCGAGCAUGGUGAAGUGGAUAAGGUGCUGAUUCCGCCGAGUGGGACGAUCGCUGUGGUAGAGAUGCCUGUGGUGAAUGAAGCGAGGCUGGCGUUCCGGGCGAUAGCGUACAAGCGAUUCAAGGGGGGGAUUCUAUACCUCGAGAAGGCACCUGUUGGACUGCUGACGCAGCACAAGGUGGGUGAAAAGGUGGUCAAGCAGGCGCCGAUCGUGGGCAAGUCGAUCGACUCGUCGAACCCAAGCGUGGAUUUGGACGGCCCCGCCGGCGCCGGAGCUGGCGACGAGGCGGUGGAUGGAGCUACGCUGUACGUAAAGAACCUCUCCUUUUCGACGACGGAUGAACGGUUGACGGCGUUCUUCCAUGGGCUGUCGGAUUUCGCGUUUGCGCGAAUCCAGACCAAGCCCGAUCCGCGUCGACCCGGAGCGCGCCUGUCGAUGGGAUAUGGCUUUGUCGGCUUCAAAUCGAUCGAUGCUGCACGUACCGCGCAGAAGGCGAUGGACGGUAAAGUGCUCGACGCGCAUACGCUCGUCGUCACAUUUGCGCGUCGCAAUGCCGAAGCCUCGACCACGUCCAUCUCGUCCGGCGGAUCCACCAAGAUCCUCAUCAAGAACCUGCCGUUCGAAGCGACCAAACGCGAUAUCCGCGAUCUCUUCUCCUCGCAAGGCCAACUCAAAUCCGUCCGUCUACCCAAAAAGUUUGACAACACAACCCGAGGCUUCGGCUUUGUAGAAUACUCGACCGUCCGUGAAGCUCAAUCUGCCAUGGAAGCCCUCAAACACACCCACCUCCUAGGCCGACAUCUUGUCCUCCAAUGGUCCCACCUCGCUUCCUCCACCCAGCAACAGGUUGACAUGCAAAGGUCCAAAACAAAACAACACUUUGUCAACACCCAUGAUAACGCGGCGCGUGCAGAUCCGAGCAAGAGAGCGAAGAUCAAGUUGAACAGCGCCCAGAUCAGCGAGGCCAUCAAACAAGCAAAGAGGCAACGUGACGAUGUCGACGACGACGAGUAG